GCGGGUAAUUUGAACGUUUCCACCAGCGGGCUUUCCACCCUGUGCGCGAGCUCGGGCUGGUGGCGGCUCUCGGCUGGGAGUUGGAGGCCGACCGUAGACAUGUCGGAUCGGCGAACGCGGUCCGGAGGAGCCGCUCAGCUCUCUGGGCCCAAGGCACCAUCUAAGUCUCUACGGAGGUCCCAAAGAAGAUCAGGCUCUGACCUCCCAAGCAUCCUGCCUGAUAUCUGGCAGAAGACACCCCAAGCAGUUAGCGUCAGAAAACCCAUCAUUUUGAAGAAGAUCGUGGCUCAUGCUGUAGAGAUCCCAGAUGUCCAGUCACCUCGCAGGAGCCCUAGGAUUGCUUUCAUCUUGGAAAAGGAAAACAACCCUCCUGUCAGGGAGCCCACUAAGGAGGACCUCUUCAAGCCUUGCAGUGUCCCUGUCACGCCCUCCACCACUCCUGUGCUAUACAACCUCAAUGUCGAGUCCAACUUCAAGGAAGGAGAGCUGGAUGCUAGAGACUUGGAGAUGUCCAAGAAAGUCAGGCGAUCCUAUAGCCGCCUAGAGACCUUCAGUUCUGCCGCCACCUCUACCCCAGGCCACCGGUCCUGCUUUGGUUUUGAGAGGCUUGAAGACUUGCCUAGCGUCUCACCUGUAGCAUAUCCAAAGUUAAUCGAUGUCCCAAAGGUCCCUGCGAAGCCCUGGGCUCCAGACACAACACUUCCUGGAAUCUCUCCCCCAGUCGUGAAAGAGAAACGAAAGAAGAAGAAGGCUCCUCAGAUCUUGAAGUCGGAGCUGGAUGAGUGGGCUGCGGCCAUGAAUGCUGAGUUUGAAGCUGCUGAGCAGUUUGAUCUUCUGAUUGAAUGAGAUGAAGUGGGGUACACCCGUCCAGGUUCCCCUCCUGUCCCUGAACUACUGCCCUUUCAGCAGAACAAGACACUUGGGGUCCUCUGUACUGGCCUUGUUACCCAGGCAGGUGUUGAUGGACACUAAUAAUGUUUUGACUGGUCACCUGGUAACCCUGUUUUUCUGUUCCCCAGAGUAUUGCGGGUGAGGGGCCACUUCUGAUCUGAACCAGGCCCAACAGAACUUGGACUGCCCUUACAGAGUUGUCCUCUGCUGGUGGCUUUGAGCCCAGUCACUAACCAAUCUGUAAAGAGGCUUUGGGUCCCUAGGGUUUCCUAGUCUGUGCUAUAGACAGUGGGAGAGAAUUCAUGGGCUGGGGGCAGUAGCCUUGAGAAAGAAGCUGAGCAUGCAGCCUCUCUAUGAGCUGAGACAUGAAGGGAGGUCACCAUGGCUGGGUUUCACACUGUAAGCAGGUGCUACGCAGGAACUGUUAGGCAUCUGUGUUCUGCUGUGGACAUGUUGAUAAGUAGGACACUGCUGGUUGAGGCAAAGAAGUAUGCUUCAUGGUUGUGGUCUCCACAUGCCAUCAAGCUGAGGCUCCUAGCCUCUGGACUUGUCGCCUGUACAGAGACAAAGUUGAGCCCUUUUGUCACUCAUCUGUUUCUCGCAAAAUGUGCUGCACCAUGUCCUGAGCCUGGGAUGUGGGUCGGAAGGUCCCAUUCCUGCUAGUGUUUUGUAAGUAUAUACUUGUAAAGUACUAGGCAGCUUUUCCAUGUGGCCAGAAAGCUGCAGGGUUGGUAACUCACUUUUAGCUUUGUUAGUUCACAAAACCACUGUCCAAGGAGGUGCUAGGAGCUGAAAUGGUGUGGAGUGCAUCUUGUCUGUGGGGAACUGCUCCCAGUUUUCUCAAUUAUGUAAAAAUGUGGCUUCAACGGCUGCCCUUCCCACUGUACCUCAGGCCCUUGGAUUUCUGGUGUUUAGAAGUUCAUGGAAGUAGAGGUUGAAGGAGUGAGGAGCAUGACAAGCACCAGGGAGAUGAAUACUCAGGGUGCGGAUGGAACAUGCCAGGCAUCUGCUCAGUGCCUUGUGUUCCGCCAAGCCUGCAAGCAAGCCUCCUGGCCAGGCACAUUCAGGUGACUUUGAACACCGACUGAAGACUGUGGUCCUCACUGGUUUCUGCAGUCAGGAGGAGCUAGGUGAUGUUGAAUUGAGCACUGAAAACCUUUCUCUGUCCAAGAGGAACUAAUAGUGCAGCAUAAGGGAAAAGUGGGGCUUCUGUUCAAAUAAACUUGAUUAAAGAGUUGUC